GCAUCACAACAUCAAAGAAUCACAGCUACAUACUGAAAGCAAUAUCAUCUGGUCACGCAUUUCUUUGAAUUUUUUUAUUUGCGAUAUUUAAGAAAACAUUAUCAGAUCAAUUCGAUUGCGGGUCCUGACUGCAGCUGCAGUCGUUCCCCGCGGAAUUCGAGCUGUGACAAUGUCGACAGCUACUUCUUCUACAUUCACUCCUAAGUCAAUGCCCUCUGCAUUGACAUUCGAUUUGCAUGCGAAAUGCUCUACCACUAAAGCCCGAGCGAGUACGUUACACCUGCCUCAUGGCUCUGUUCCUCUUCCUAUCUUCAUGCCUGUGGCUACUCAGGCCUCCCUCAAAGGCUUGACGUAUGAUCAAUUGAAAGAGACUGGUUGCAUGCUUUGCUUGAAUAAUACAUAUCAUUUGGGCUUGAAGCCAGGCCAGGAGGUGUUGGAUCUUGUUGGUGGAGCACAUAAAUUGCAGGGUUGGGAUAGGAAUAUAUUGACGGAUAGUGGUGGGUUCCAGAUGGUCUCCUUGUUGAAGCUGGCCACUGUCACGGAAGAAGGUGUGAGGUUUCUGAGUCCUCAUGAUGGCACACCGAUGCUUCUCACUCCCGAACAUUCCAUAUCACUCCAAAACUCGAUCGGCUCCGACAUAAUAAUGCAACUCGACGACGUUAUCGUGACCACAUCACCCGAUCGCGCAAGAAUGCAAGAAGCCAUGGAACGGUCUGUACGAUGGCUUGAUCGCUGUAUCGAUGCGCAUAGGUAUCCCGAACGACAAAAUCUGUUCUGCAUUAUCCAGGGCGGCCUUGACCUUGAAUUAAGACGGAAAUGCUGCGAGGAAAUGGUUGCGCGAGAUACGCCAGGAAUUGCUAUCGGUGGGUUAUCUGGUGGAGAGGCGAAAGCUGAGUACUGUAAAGUAGUCGACACUUGUACCGGGUUGCUUCCAGAUAACAAGCCUAGAUAUGUGAUGGGAGUGGGAUACCCAGAAGAUCUCGUCGUCUCCGUCGCUUUGGGCGCAGAUAUGUUUGACUGCGUAUGGCCGACACGAACAGCAAGAUUCGGCGCUGCCAUCACCCCGAACGGCGUCCUCAAUCUCCGCAACACUACAUACGCAAAUGACUUUUCGCCAAUUCAAGAAGGUUGCAAAUGCCCCUGCUGUCGACCAAAAUCCGAGGGCGGGCUAGGCAUCACAAAAGCAUGGUGUCACCAUCUAGCUGCAAAGGAGACUGUCGGCGCACAUCUCAUCACGAUGCAUAACGUCCAAUAUCAACUAUCGCUCAUGGCUUCAAUCAGACAAGCUAUCAUAGAAGAUCGAUAUCCGGGAUUUAUUCGAAAGUUUUUUGAUGAUUAUUAUGGCACACGAUUCAAGGCGCCGGAGUGGGCAGUUGAUGCUUUGAGGGGAGUUAAUGUUGAUCUUUUCGCGGAAUGAUUAUUUACUCCUUUCAUGCCUAGGCCGGUGCCAUGUUAAAUAGGUACAAUAGAUAUAACUUUCGAGGUUAUAUUGAGUUUAUUCUGCCGUACAUGAAUGGGUGGCUUUGGCGAUGAGUUCGUUCCAUCUAUCACAAAAUAUUAUUAUACUUAGAUCUGAAUUAUCAGGGUAUAUUCACUGAGAUAAUCUAUUUACCAUAUAUGUCUAUGUAAUCUCGCUAAACCACAUUGGAAAGAUAACAGAACCACCAUCGCUCGCGUGACAUAAAACAAUCAAACAUAUAAACAAACUUGAGAGAAAAGAAUGAUGUAUACUACAUACUAUCCUCACUCCACCUACUCCUCGUCUUGUUAUACGCAUCCCGAUCCUCUAGCCCAUCAACCGCAUUCAUACCAACACCCAUCCCACGCUCAACCCAGUGCUUACUACCCAUCUCAGUGAGUCGUGACAAGGCACGCGCAAAAGCGAAUCGUUCUUCGUCACCGCUGAAUAUGGAUGUGGAUUUGAGUGCAGCCAUUGAGAGGCCGAGGUCGUCCAUUAGUUGACGCAUAUCUGAUGGCAGGAUCUCAUGACCAUCGGCAGAUGAGUCGUCGAUUGAGGUUUUGAUCUCGGCUUCGGACAU